AUGCCGCCGUUAUCGCCGUCGCCCCAAGGUGCCAGCACUACAAGUCCGUCAGCAGAGGCAGCAGUCGAGCACGCAGACAAGGAGGCCUUCGCCCGGAGUGCGGCCGAUGAGAUAGCCUUGCUCACUCGCCAGGCGGCGGUGGAGACGGUGACGCCGGCGGCGCCGCUGUCCCGCCGUCGGGGGGGCGAAUCGGGAGGGACGGAGGCCGACGGCGGUCAUGACGGCCGCCGCCUGUGCAUGCUCGACGUGUUGUGGGCCGCUUCAUCCUUUCCAGCUGAAGGGGGUGGCGCCCAUGACGCGUCCGCAAACGGUGGCGAGCAGCGACAAACAGCAACAGCGUCAGCAACGACCCGAACGACAAGCCAGGACUCGCACGGCGUGGGGUUUACGGCCACUUCUGCGCCGGCGGCGGCGGCAUCGCCGCCGCCGCCGCCGCCGCCGCCGCCGCCUUUGACGCUAUCCGAACCGGUCGACCGGCCGUGUUCCGGCCCCCUCCGCGCAGCCUUGCUAGGGACCCGCGCGCAUUUUCCGCGGUCCCGUAUCACCAUCUUCCCGGCAUGUGUUCAAACCCCCAGGUCGGGGGAGGGUGGCGGCAGCAGCGGCAGCAGCAGCAGCUGCAGGGAUGAAAAUGGCUGCGGGAGCGAGUUGCGCCGGGCGUGGCAGCGGCAGUGGAAAGCCUGGUGCGAGUCGACGGGCGCGCGGGUGUUCCUCAGCGGUGGCGUUUCUGCAGCGAUUGAGGCUGGGCCAGUUCUGGACGCCGGGCUAUUGUGGCGGGGGCCUGUCGUAGCCGGGACGACAAGAACGACGGCCUCAGCACCGGCCCCGCCCUCAACAACAACAACAACAACAACAGCCGCCAAGGUGCCCCCACAGACUAGCUCAGGCACCUCCUCCUCGGCGGCUACCCUCCACAACCCAAACCCUCCGCAACCAGCUCGCGCGAUCCCGGUUUUCCCCUCCUUGGAUGGCUUCGCCCUGCGACUAGCGGCGGCGGCGGUUACUCCCUCGGCCUCGGGGCCAGUAGAAGGCGUCACUAGCGGUUCAGCAGCCGGAGGUGGUCCUGCCGCCGCGGUGGCGCGGGGGGCGUCGAGCACGCUCGGCCGCGCGCCGGCGCUGCGGUUAGCGCGGGUGAUCUCGCCGGCGGAGGUGGCUCGCGCGUGCCACCUUCUCGCAGACGGAGCCCUCGCGCCGGCCCUCGAGCUGUUCGUGGAAGACGACGAGAGAUGCCGGGGGAGCGCCGAGUUUUUGAAAAAGUGGGCGGUGGACGGCCGAGGGCUACUCUUGGUCACGGGAGCGGCGGCGGCGGAGGCUACGGGCGGGGUUCGCGGUGGGCGGGCAGAAGCGGGAAAGGGGGGCGUGGACGAAGGGUUGGCGAUGGCGUGCUUUCCUCACCGCCGUGGCCGAAACCGCCGCCGUCCUCGGGAGCUAGCCGGCAGCGGAGGACAUGCCGAUGUUGGGGCCGUUGAGGAGGACGAAGGCCGGGACGUGACGACGCCGGUCUGGAGCGUGACGCUGUUUCGAAAAGCGUCGGAGUUCUCCGAAGCGGCGGUCUCGGCGCUCGUCGGCGAGAGCAGCGGCGACCGGUGUAUCGAUAGCGGUUUCAUCUCUCGCCUUGCAUGGGGAGGCUCACGCUCAGGCUCAGUGCUGACGCGGAUGACAACGGGGCCGAGUCACACAAGCCCUCCAUCGGAUCCAGUGGAGGAAAAGGAAGAUAUGGGAGAGACCGCGGCUACUUCCUCCGUCGUUGCGUCCCUACCUGUCUACGCGUCUGCUUCUCUGAUCUCUCAACAGUCUCGCCUGUUCUUUCCACCGCAGGAAGCGUUGUCAGCCAAAGACGGCGCAACGACACCGCUACCUUUGACACCGGCCGGUGCUUCCACCAGCAGCAGGAGCAGCAGCAGGAAGAGGCGGCGAUCGGCUGGGUCAUCCGUCGUUGGCGGCACUAUCCCCCGCGGGAGCGAACGCCGAGCGCCCGGAGAGAGGGCUCUUGGAGAGGAGGCGGCGUGUUCGUCUUCGUCUUCGCCCAGAGAAGGAGGCGGUCGCCGGCGGUCGAAUCGCAUCGUCGUAGCAUUGGCAGUGGCAGAAGCGAACAACCAACUGUCGGAGCUGCAGGAGAGAUCGGCGGCCGCGGCAGCAGAAGACGGGCGUCGACGGAGAACGAAGUCAUCGUCGGGCAAAGCGCAUGGUGCUUGCGGGGGAGGCAACGGCCGUGGCGCGGGGUGCAAGGGAGGAGAACAAGUAGGUGUCGAACGAGGAUGUGGGGGAAGAGGACGGAAACGCGGACCGCUGCCAGGACAUACCGGCGUGCCGGGCGGCGAUGAAGGCCACAGGCAGGUUUUUUUUCCCUUCUCUUCCCUCGCAUACGCUCUGUACGGGUCCUUCGGGGAUUGGGGGGACGGGGAAGCCAGCGCAACUGUGGACGGCGGGUCCCGGCGUCGUUUCUGGGCGGAAGAAUGCCUCCUUCCGGACGGCGGCGGCGGCGGCGGCGGCGGCGGCGGCGGCGGCCGUGGUACUUCCUCUUCUUCCGGCCGUGCGAUGUUUCCCGGUGGGUCUGGUAGCCGCAACGGCAACACAAGCGCGUAUUCCAAGGCACCCCCUACCACUGCGACUGGCGGGGCCGCUGGUGUGUCGGCCGGGAAACGGAGCGAGGGAAUUUCCAGGAAACACAACGACGGUGGUCGUGGUGACGGCGAGAAUGAUCGUGGUGUUGGCGGCCUGUCGGGGUGUGCCGCCGCCACCGCCCGGGCGUCCGGCACGACCGGCUACAAGAGCGGCAGCGGCAGCAGCGGCGGCGGGUCCGGCGUUGCGGCGGCAGCCCCGCCGUCGCCUCCGAGGCGCACGCUGUCCACCGCCGAACAGGCCCUCGUGAACGCCGGGCAGCAGCAGCGGGCUCGCGCAAAGCAGCGGCGGGUGGUCGCGAGAGAGCAGCGGGCACGCAUGGAUCGUCCCCGGCCCCGCCCUCGCCCUCGCGGCGGCGGCGGCGGCGGCGGCGGCAUCGGUGCCAGCGGUGGUGGGUCAUUGAUGUCAUCGUCGUCGUUAUCUUCGUGGGCGACGGGAGCUGUCGGCGGGAGCGCCAGCGGUGGGAAUUUUCAACGCAGCAGCGGUCCCGCCUCCGUCGGACCUUCUUCGCGUUCCCUCGGCAUGGUGGGCCGUUCGGGCUCGAUGGGGUCGAAGCUUUCACGCGGGAGCCUUAUUCUGGGCCGUUCAGUGGCGGGGGGUACCGGUGUUGGGGGAUCUUCUUCCGUCGCCGGCGCGGGCGGCGGUGAAGGGAGCGGCGGUGCAGGGGCGGGAGGAGGAGCUGCUGGUGGGCAUGGUAGCGCCGGUGUUGCCGCUCCUGCUGGUGUUGGGGGGCAGCAAGAGUCGGCGACGGCGGCGACGACAACGCGACGGGGAGAGAAGAGCAUCGCCUCCACGACGGCGGGCUCGGGUGCCGGGCGCGCGGGGAGCCGUGGCAACCACCGCGAGAGACCCAAAUCGUUCGCGUCUCCGUCUUCUUCGAUUUCGCCGCCGGCGGUCGGGCUUGUGGCGGCGGCCGUUGGCGGGAACAGCCGCCGGGCAAAGCGAGCCAUCCUCCAGGACCCACCGCCUGCAACGGUUCCGCCACCAACGACUUCAGCAGCGCCAGCAGAACGGGCAACAACGGGGGGGACGGCGGGGGCGGGCAGUAGGUCGAUGGCGGCGGACUCAGGUCACGAAGCAGACAGCGAAGGACGUUCCAGAGCCGGCGGAGCUAGGUUUGCGGGUGCCGGCGACGGAGACAGUGUUGGCGUUGGUGCGGGUGCUACCGCGGGCGCUGGGGAUGCGACAGGCACGGCAGGUGCUGGCGACGCCGGGUUCAGGCGGGUAAUGGAGCGCGCGAUGCUCGCCGCUAUUGCAUCGAAACUGGGCCUGGCUGAGGACAACCCAUCCGUGCUAACAGUUUUCGAGAGGGAAAGUCGGCUCAUGGGUGGUGGUGGUGGCGGCGGCGGCGAGGUGGAGGAAUGA